AUGCCACAACAACUUUGGCUGUGGAUACGUGACUGGCUCCAAGGACGAAAGGCAUGUAUCUCUUUUGAUGGGUUGCAAUCAGAUUUUUUCGACAUUGAAUGGGGCUUGCCACAGGGAUCAGCUCUCUCUCCGUUAAUUUAUAUUCCCUAUGUGGCCGGUUUAACGGAGCUUCAUGACGCAAGAUUCCAUAAAGAUCACUUUUUUGCUGAUGAUUGGUCGCUAUUUUUUGAGGUUCCAUUUGGUAUCGAGUACCGCUAUUCCUUCAAGUUGUUGAAAUAUCUGGCUCAGAAUGCUCUUGAUCGGA